AGGAGUCUCAACUCCUCUUUCCUCAUCUCACUUUGCCGCUGGGUGGCACUGAAUUAACAAACUGUCGUGUGUCAGGCUGUGCCCCAAUACCUUUUCCCUUUCUUAUAUCAAGAAAGGGAAGAAAAGGAACUAUUGUUACCCACCCUGCUCUCCUUUUGCCUACCUUGAUUACUGUUACACGUACAACUACAUUGUCCGGGAGAAGAUGCUGCCUUGUUACCCUUGUUUCAAAAGAACCACCGUAACUGAGAGGGAUAACCUGACACUCCGACCUCGGUGCUGCCUCCAGUGCUCCUGAGUCCCUAGCAGGCCUCCAGGUGGGCAGAAGCACUGAGCAGGGAGACCACGACCAGCUCAAAGAGCUAUAUUCGGCUGGGAACCUGACAGUGCUAGCAAAUGAGUCCCUGCUCCACCAGGACCCAGUACAGUUAGAUUUCCAUUUCCGCCUCACCCCUCAGGCUUCUGUCCACUGGCACGGCCUUCUCUGUGACCACCGACUCUUCCUGGACAUCCCCUACCGGGCACUGGACCAAGGCAAUCGGGAGAGUUUGACAGCAACACUGGAGUAUGUGGAGGAGAAAACAGAUGUGGACUCUGUGUUUGUGAACUUCCACAAUGCUAGGAAUGACCGAGGUGCCUUGCUUCGGGCCUUCAGCUACAUGGGCUUUGAGGUGGUUAGACCUGACCACCCUGCCCUCCCACCCUGGGACAAUGUCAUCUUCAUGGUAUACCCCCUUGAGAGGGAUUGUGGCAACUUACCUAGUAAGCCUUCCUGAAUCCAUCCAUGUACCCACUCAAGUGGGAGGGCUGAAGUUUUAAUAUGGCUUAGGCCCCAGGCACAGUAGGAUCUAAAGUCCUAGGCUUGUAGAUGUGAUUCAGGGCACCUCCUCCCAACCCAGGAAUAAAGGGUAGUAGUAUCAUCAA